UUUACUAGUGUUUUAGUGAGUUAAAUAGUACCUGAUAGUCGGAGGUGUACAUCCACGGGUGUCUUGACGCGCAGUGUCUCAGGGGAGUCGACGGCAGCUUUAUGGGCGGCACAAGCUCAGCUUUUCGCCGUAAGCUGCUCGUGGACACGGUUGGCAAAAUGAACGACAACCUAACCUCGGGGGUCCUGGCUGCCUCAGUCAUCACUCUGACUUUGGGUUACUUGUACAGCAAAGUACUUCGCAGACAAACUUGUCACGAAGAUGUGAAAUAUCCACCUUUCAUUCCUUCCAGUGUGCCUUUCCUCGGCCAUGCUAUUGCUUUUGGGAAAAGUCCUAUUGAGUUUUUGGAAAAUGCUUAUGAGAAAUACGGCCCAGUAUUUAGCUUCACCAUGGUGGGCAAGACCUUCACGUACCUGUUGGGAAGCGACGCCGCCACGCUGCUUUUCAACAGCAAGAACGAGGACUUGAACGCCGAGGACGUUUACUCCCGACUGACCACUCCCGUGUUUGGCAAGGGCGUGGCCUAUGAUGUCCCCAACCCGGUCUUUCUGGAACAAAAGAAGAUGCUGAAGACGGGACUGAACAUCGCACGCUUUAAGGAACACGUCAAGAUCAUCGAGGCGGAGACGGUGGAGUAUUUUCAGAGAUGGGGAGACAGCGGCGAGAAAAACCUCUUUGAAGCGUUGUCUGAGCUCAUCAUCCUGACGGCCAGCAGCUGCCUCCACGGCAAGGAGAUCCGCGCCAUGCUGGACGAGCACGUGGCCCAAUUGUACACAGACCUGGACGGAGGCUUCAGCCACGCUGCUUGGCUGCUGCCCGGAUGGCUGCCGCUGCCCAGCUUCAGGAGACGUGACAAAGCUCACCAAGAGAUCAAGAACAUUUUCUUCAAAGUGAUCCAGAAGAGACGAAGCUCCGGCGAGAAACUGGACGACAUCCUUCAGACGCUCGUCGACGCCACCUACAAGGACGGACGUCCGCUGUCUGACGACGAGAUCUCAGGCAUGCUGAUCGGCCUCCUGCUGGCGGGUCAGCACACGUCCUCCACCACCAGUGCCUGGAUGGGCUUCUUCCUGGCCCGGGAUCAAGUCCUGCAGGAGCGCUGUUAUGCCGAGCAGCAGACUGUGUGCGGGGAAAACCUGCCCCCUCUCGACUUGGACCAGCUGAAGGAUCUCAGCCUGUUGGAGCGUUGUUUGAAGGAGACCUUAAGGCUCCGCCCACCCAUCAUGACCAUGAUGAGGAUGGCUCGCUCUGCUCAGACUGCAUCCGGCUACACCAUCCCACAGGGCCACCAGGUGUGCGUCUCCCCGACAGUCAACCACCGCCUGGAGGACACCUGGCAGCAGAGGAUGGAGUUCAACCCCGAUCGCUAUCUCCAUGACAACCCUGCCGCUGGGGAGAAAUUUGCUUAUGUGCCCUUUGGUGCAGGACGUCAUCGGUGCAUCGGGGAGAACUUCGCCUACGUUCAGAUCAAAACCAUCUGGUCCACUUUGCUGCGCUUGUUCCACUUUGAGCUGGUGGACAGAUACUUCCCCACCAUCAACUACACCACUAUGAUCCACACGCCGCACAAGCCUAUCAUCGCAUACAAGAGGAGGAAACCGUCAGACCAAAGAAGACUGCAGACACAGGAUGCGUCCCCAAUGUCCAGACAAGCUGAUUGAUUAUUAUGCUGCAUUACAUAAAACUGGGAAAUUUCAGACUUCCUUUUGGGAAAAAAUCCAAGAUAUGCUUCGUUUGACAUGUUAUGUGUGGAAAUCCUUUUUUUUCCCUAGUUUUAAUGAAUGCGGCAUACGUGUGUUAAGGGAUAGAAUGGUUACUAGUAAUGGGUAAAUGAGCGUUUGGCACAUUCACUAGCUGUAUUGACUCUGCCCCGAUACUGUGUUGCUGUUUCAUAAUCACUAAAAUUUUACCUGCAAUAGUAGUUAAUAGGGGUGUGGGAAAAAAUCGAUUCGAAUUUGAAUCGCGAUUCUCUUGUGCGAUUCAGAAUUGAUUCUCCUUUUUAAAAAAAUCUAUUUUUAUUUUAUUUUUUCAUCAAUCCAACAAAACACUACACAGCAAUACCAUAACAAUGCAAUCCAAUUCCAAAACCAAACCUGACCCAGCAACACUCACAACUGCAAUAAACAGAGCAAUUGAGAGGAGACAAACACGACACAGAACAAACCAGAAGUAGUGAAACAAAAAUGAUUAACAGUAUCAAUAUUAGUUAUAAUUUCAGCAUAGCAGUGAUUAAAAAUCCCUCAUUGACAUCAUUAGACAUUUAUAAAAAUAAUAACAAAAGAACAAUAGUGUCACAGUGGCUUACACUUGCAUCGCAUCUCAUAAGCUUGACAACACACUGUGUCCAAUGUUUUCACAAAGAUAAAAUACAUCAUUUUUGGUUUAAUAGUUAAAACAAAUUUACAUUAUUGCAAUCAGUUGAUAAAACAUUGUCCUUUAUAAUUAUAAAAGCUUUUUACAAAAAUCUACUACUCUGCUUGCAUGUCAGCAGACUGGGGUAGAUCCUGCUGAAAUCCUAUGUAUUGAAUGAAUACAGAAUCCUUUUAAAUUGUGCCAGCAACUUGAGGGUUGCAGGUUCGAUUCCCGCUUCUGCCAACCUAGUCACUGCCGUUGUGUCCUUGGGCAAGACACUUUACCCACCUGCUUCCAGUGCCACCCACACUGGUUUGAAUGUAACUUAGAUAUUGGGUGUCACUAUGUAAAGCGCUUUGAGUCACUAGAGAAAAAGCGCUAUAUAAAUAUAAUUCACUUCACUUAAAUUGCAAAAAAAAUCGUUUUUGAACUGAGAAUCGUGUUGAAUUGAAAGAAAAAAAUUGAUUUUGAAUGGAAUCAUGGGACACCCAAAGAUUCGCAGCCCUAGUAGUUAAUAUAGUCGUCCCGUGUUUAGCACGAUUAGUUGUCGGCCUGACUGUGGUAAAUGAAUCUCUGCAAAGUAGGAUUGUUAAUCAAAUAUUUUCAUAACGCAUUGUUUACAGCCUUCUGUCAUACAUGUAAAAAUUAAUUUAACACUCAAUUUGGGCCAAACAUGCUGAGUAUUCUAUAAAAAAUAAUUCCACAAUUUAGUGAAGCUAGAAUAUUUGAAGUGCAAUGUGGGUGACUGAAGUACAAAUGGGUAAAGAACGACACACACACAGACUGUAUUGACAUUGGAAUGAUACUGUGUCGCUGUUUCAUAAUCUGCUGCUUAAAAGUCACGUUUGACCUCCAAAAUAAAUAUUGUCUUAUUUUUCAAUGCAUAAAUUGCAGAAAGGAAUAUGGAUGUCAAAUGGUGCAUGUCAAAGGAGCGCCUCCUGAUGGUCAAAAGACAGCAGCUGUAGCAUCACAUUUAUAUUCUUAAAGUGACAAAGACUACUACCGUAUCACUCCUUGCGUUUCAUUAGGCAUCGGUGCUUCCGUAUCGUUCCACCCCUGGGAAUGAACACGCUGCAUUGCAUAAACCUGGGAGAUAUCCCUCAUUUGACAAGAAAAAGUAAGUCAAGAUUAGAAAAUGCAUUUCAUUCAUGUUACAUCUUGUUUACCAAAACAUGUGUCCUGGUUUUCCUGAACGCAGCAUGGAAGUAUUUAAGGGCACUACCAUAAAAAUAAAAAAAAUGCCAUGGAAGAGCGUUUAAUUGUUCUGUAUGUUCCUGGCAUCGAUAGACAUGCACCCAGAAAACUGGGACGAUUCAGAAAAAGCUAUAAACAUUUUCAGUCACCACCUGAGAGGGUUUUCUGUAAAAAGGACAAAACACAGGUUAGUAGAUUGUAAGUGGUGAUUUGUCCCACUGUUCUUGAAUGCAGCAUGAAAACAAGCAAUUGUAUUGGGUAUCAUGUUAAUCCUCAGAUUUCACAUUGCAAUGAUUGUUCUGUAAAACAAGUAAAACUCUAUUCAAAUCAUA